ACUUGACCAUUGGAGGAGAACAGGAUGCUGAUGAGAUUAGCACUUCAAAAAGCAAGUCUGCUAGAAUGACAAACCCACUGUAGUGGAAGAGCUGGAAAAUAGUGAGAAAAGACCCAGGAAGCCAAAAAAGCAGACUAGUGGGCACUUACUUAUCUUGCAAGCUGUCCAUGUCAUUUGUGGAGGACUGGGAAUUCACUUUCAGGGUAGUCUCAGUGGCAGCAUUGACUACUGUUUCCAACGCUUCACUACAGAGCUCAGGACGGACUUCUGGGCAAGGGAAGGGCUUGGGGUACCUCAGCAUCAACGGGACCCAAGGGACUGGCUGUUUCUGACCACUUGAAGUCAACUAAAUUGGUGUCCACAAGACCACUGACGAAGAAAACGUUGUAUGACAGAUGAAUGACCACCCCCUGAAGGACAUGUCUGACAGCCACAGCAGCCCUCUCCUGGCAGAACCUCUUUCCAGCAGAUAUAAACUGUAUGAGUCGGAGCUAAGCAGUCCCACCUGGCCCUCAGGCUCCCAGGACACACACCCAGCUCUUCCCCUGCUGGAAAUGCCUGAAGAAAAGGACCUCCGUUCAUCUGAUGAAGACAGCCACAUUGUAAAAAUUGAAAAACCCAGUGAGAGGAGUAAAAGGAGAGAAAGCGAGGCUUCCCGCAGGGGUCCUACGGGCCGGGGAGGCUUCAGCCUCUUCCAAGCAGUGGGCUACCUCACCGGAGACAUGAAGGAGUGCAGAAGCUGGCUGAAAGAUAAGCCCCUGGCCCUCCAGUUCCUAGACUGGGUCCUGAGGGGGGCAGCUCAGGUGAUGUUCGUCAACAAUCCUCUCAGCGGGCUCAUCAUCUUCAUAGGGCUUCUCAUCCAGAAUCCCUGGUGGACAAUUGCUGGGGCACUAGGGACAGUGGUCUCAACCUUAACUGCCCUCGCCUUAAGCCAAGACAGGUCAGCCAUCGCCUCUGGACUCCACGGCUACAACGGGAUGCUGGUGGGACUGCUGAUGGCAGUGUUCUCCGAGAAGCUAGACUACUACUGGUGGCUUUUGUUCCCUGUGAUCUUCACAACCAUGGCCUGCCCAGUUAUUUCUAGUGCCCUGAGUUCUAUCUUCAGCAAGUGGGACCUGCCAGUCUUCACACUGCCCUUCAAUGUCGCCUUGACUCUAUACUUGGCAGCUACAGGCCACUACAACCUUUUCUUCCCCACGGCGCUAGUUGAGCCUGUGUCUUCAGUGCCCAAUAUCACCUGGACAGAGAUGGAAAUGCCUUUGCUAUUACAGACCAUCCCCGUGGGAGUCGGCCAGGUGUAUGGCUGUGACAAUCCCUGGACAGGUGGCAUGAUCCUGGUGGCUGUGUUCAUCUCAUCCCCACUCAUCUGCUUGCACGCAGCCAUAGGGUCCAUCUUGGGGACACUAGCAGCCCUGACCGUGGCCACACCCUUUGAAACGAUCUACCUGGGCCUCUGGAGCUACAACUCUGUCCUCUCCUGUAUAGCCAUCGGGGGCAUGUUUUAUGCCCUCACCUGGCAGACCCACCUUCUAGCCCUUGUCUGUGCCCUGUUCUGUGCGUACAUGGGAGCAGCCCUCUCCAACAUGAUGGCGGUGGUGGGUGUACCACCAGGCACCUGGCCCUUCUGCCUCUCCUCCCUCAUCUUCCUUCUCCUGACAACCAACAACCCUGCCAUCUACAAGCUUCCACUCAGCAAAGUCACCUACCCAGAGGCCAACCGCAUCUACUACCUGACAAUGAAGGGUGGUGAAGAACAGAAGUCCACCAGCGGCAGCAGCGGGGAGCAGCCGCAAGGAGCCAGCAGGAAGGCAGAGGAAGGCUCUGAGGCUGUACUCCCCAAGCACAGGAGCGUGUUCCACAUCGAGUGGUCAUCCAUUCGGAGGAGGAGCAAAGUGUUUGGAAAAGGAGAGCACCAGGAGAGACAAACCAAGGAGCCACAUCCCUCCCAGUACAGGAAGGCGGCCGUGGAGCUGCUCGAUCUAGGUACCAUGGAGGAGAAUGCAGAGAUAAAGGUGGAGACCACCAUGUCGAAGACAUCCUGGAUUCAGAGCUCCGUGGCCACCGGGGGAAAGAGGGUCAGCAAAGCCCUCAGCUACAUCACUGGGGAGAUGAAGGAGUGUGGAGAGGGACUUAAAGACAAGUCCCCAGUGUUCCAGUUUCUGGACUGGGUGCUCCGGGGCAUGUCUCAGGUGAUGUUCGUGAACAACCCCCUCAGCGGCAUGCUCAUUGUUCUCGGCCUCUUUGUCCAGAACCCCUGGUGGGCCAUCGCGGGCUGCCUGGGCACCAUCGUGUCCACCUUGACUGCGCUCGUCCUGAGUCAGGACAAGUCAGCCAUCGCCUCUGGACUCCACGGCUACAACGGGGUGCUGGUGGGGCUGCUGAUGGCAGUGUUCUCGGACAAAGGUGACUAUUACUGGUGGCUUCUGCUCCCUGUCAUCGUUAUGUCCAUGUCCUGCCCGGUCCUCUCCAGUGCUCUGAGCACUGUCUUCAGCAAGUGGGACCUGCCAGUCUUUACACUGCCUUUCAACAUCGCUGUGACCCUGUAUCUGGCAGCCACGGGACACUACAACCUCUUCUUCCCUACCACGCUGCUGCAGCCUGCAACCUCAGUGCCCAAUAUCACCUGGUCGGAUGUCCAGGUGCCCCUGCUCCUGCGAGCCAUCCCUGUUGGAAUUGGCCAGGUGUAUGGCUGUGAUAACCCCUGGACUGGAGGCAUCUUCCUCAUAGCUCUGUUUAUCUCUUCGCCCCUCAUUUGCUUGCACGCAGCCAUUGGAUCCACCAUGGGGAUGUUGGCAGCGCUCAGCAUCGCCACGCCCUUUGACUCCAUCUACUUCGGCCUGUGCGGCUUCAACAGCACUCUGGCGUGCAUCGCUGUCGGGGGCAUGUUCUACGCCAUCACCUGGCAGACGCACCUGCUCGCCAUCGCCUGCGCGCUGUUUGCAGCCUACCUGGGUGCCGCUCUAGCCAACAUGUUGUCUGUGUUUGGGUUGCCACCCUGCACGUGGCCCUUCUGCCUCUCAGCGCUCACCUUCCUCCUCCUGACAACCAACAACCCCGCCAUCUACAAGCUGCCGCUCAGCAAAGUCACCUACCCGGAAGCCAACCGCAUCUACUACCUGUCCCAGGAGCGAAACAGAAGAGCAUCCACCAUAACAAAGUACCAGGCCUAUGAUGUCUCCUAACCUGCCCUUUCUAGAGCAUGUCAAUGUAACAACAGCCUUCUGCAGGUAUUCCGGGUCCCCCAAGUUAAGGGCCACUUAACCUCCUGUUCUGUAAUUCUCUCCCCAAGCCCAAGGGUCACUAGUUGGGAACCACCCUACGAUGUAUAAAACUUAUCAAAGCUAUGUUAGCAAAAAGAUUGAUACCCAUGGCUGGUGCUCUGGGUACUCCCCUGGAGAAGAACUUACUGUUCACCUGGCUCAGUCAUUUCAUGGAGUAAAGCUUAAUGUCUGGAAAAUGUCCACCAGCCUAGAAGGUGAGAUGGAAAGCCCCUACUCAGCUCUGCCACGAAUGAGUUCCAGUGAUCUCAGACCAGUCCUUCCCCCUCCCCCAUUUCAGCCUUGGUUUCUUGUUUGUCAGGGAUUUUCUUAUGACAAGGAGGGACUCGAAUGUCCCUUCUACCUCAGAAGUGUUGAUUCUUCUCUGCCUACUGUAAUCAAGUCAGCAUGACCAGCAAGUAAUCGCUUUGAGUAACUGAUAGAGCGAAGGACAGCACUGCUGUUAUGUGGAGGUCGCCCUUGAGUGUGGGAGAUGCUCCUCAGACGUGAGGUUAGGAACUUACAUUUAUUGAAAAUGCCAGUGUAUUUUAUAUAACAAAAGUAUUUCUGGGAAUGUCAUAACAUUAGCAGUGAUCUCCUUUCAACAUCCAAAUCACGCAGUAAACCAAUACCUUUGCCUCUGUAAUAUUCAUAAUCAAACUCUCAUUAAAUUGUUUAAAUUUGCAA